GUUUCCACUUGGUUUCGUGUCCCUGCGUCGGAGCCGCGGUCGGCCGCUAUGCAACCCGCGAGGGCGUGAGUCGUCACGUUAGUGAGAGGCGGCCAGGACAGCAUCGUCUACUGUCACCUUGCAGCUGGCGGCCCACCACCAUGCAACACGUUUUGGAAUAUGCAUUAGAUCGAGCCGAGUACAUCGUCGAGAGUGCUCGCCAGCGUCCUGCCAGGAAGAGGCUCUCCUCUGGCGGGAGGAAGAGUUUGUAUCAGAAGCUCUACGAGCUUUACAUCGAAGAAUGUGAGAAGGAGCCAGAGUUGAAGAACCUGAGGCGAAACGUCAACCUGCUGGAGAAGCUGGUGUCGCAGGAGUCAGUCUCGUGUCUGGUGGUCAACUUGUAUCCGGGCAACGAGGGCUACUCGCUCAUGCUGAGGGGCAAGAAUGGAUCGGACUCGGAAACCAUCCGUCUGCCGUAUGAAGAGGGAGAGCUGCUGGAGUACCUGGACGCCGAGGAGCUGCCCCCGGUCCUGGUAGACCUGUUGGAGAAGUCCCAGGUGAACAUCUUCCACUGCGGCUGCGUGGUGGUGGAGGUGCGAGACUACCGGCAGUGUGCCAGCACCAAGAUGCCCUCCUACCAGAGCAGACACGUGCUGCUCAGGCCCACCAUGCAGACUCUUGUUUGUGACGUGCACGCCAUGACCAGCGACCACCACAAGUGGACACAGGACGACAAGUUGCAGCUGGAGAGCCAGCUGAUUUUGGCCACGGCUGAGCCCCUGUGCCUGGACCCCUCCAUCUCCGUCACCUGCACCUCCAACCGCCUGCUGCACAACAAGCAGAAAAUGAACACCCGCUCCAUGAAACGGUGUUUCAAGAGGCACUCUCGGGCGGCGCUGAACCGCCAGCAGGAGCUGUCCCAGCUGCCCACGCCGCCUCAGCUCCGCCUCUACGACUACCUGCAGAAGAAGAGGAAGGAGAGGAAGGCCGCCCCCGCCAUCGACCUGAAGAUCUCCAAGAUCGGAAACUGUGUGGACAUGUGGAGACAGAACAACUGCCAGCUCAGCGUACCCAAAGAAAUUGACGUGGAGAAGUAUGCCGUGGUGGAGAAGUCGCUACAGCUGGAAGAUUCUCAACCUACGACUGUGAUCUGGCCUGCUGAGGAAGUCGUGGACGACUACACGUUUGAGUGUGAGGUCGGGGGUCAAGCCCAGAGGACCAAGGUGUCCAUCUUCCAGUCGCUGGGUGACCCGCUGGUGUACGGCAAGAUCUACUGCGCCAAAGACGCCAAAACUGAGGAGGACGGCACCGACCUGAAGCUCAUACAUCCUCCGUUCCUUAUUGGCUCCAAGAUCGAUGCAGACAGGUUCCUCACGCAGUACAAGGGCGUGUACGAGAAAGACGUCAAGUGUCCGGUCAAGAUGUCCCACAACUCAGGCAGCCUGGCGCCGACGCCUCCCUCCCCCGCCAAGGACGAGGCUGACGGCUUUUCUCCGCUCGUCCAGGCGUCACUGUUGGGAAAAGGGGUGAAACACCGGCCGCCUCCCAUCAAACUGCCGCCAGGAUCCGGCAGCAGCUCCUCAGGUAAUCCAUACGGUUCCCAAACCACCAGUGGUCUUCUCAAGUGCCCUACGCCCCCACCUGCCAAAGGCCCGCCUCUGAGCAGGAAGCACUCCAUGGAGCUGGGCCAGGUGGGCCUGCUGUCACCUGCCUCGCUGUCGCCCAUGAGCUCCACGCAGAGAUCAGGCACCUCCAAACCCUCCACCCCCACCAACACGCCAUGCUCAACGCCGCACCCCGCCGACCCCCUCGGCGCCCCCCUCUCCGCGACGCCCACCCCUUUGGAGGCUUCGGCGCUGCAGAGCCAGUCGCAGCCCGCCCUCCUCACGCCGUUCGCCCAGCAGCAGCUCACGCUCAGCCAGCCCCUGCCCGUCAUGACCAUCCCCCUGCCCACCAUGGGCACCUCCAUCACCACGGGGACCACCUCGGCGCAGGUCAUGGCCAACCCGGCCGGCCUCAACUUCAUCAACGUGGUCAGCUCCGUCUGCAACCCCCAGACGCUGAUGAGCAGCUCCAACGCCGUGCUCGGCCCCGGACUCAACCUGAGUGGACUUCUGCCGUCUGGGGGCCUGAUGCCCUCCAUGCAGCCGGCCACACAGACCGGGAGUCACUUCGGCCUGAACAGCAGCACGGGCCUGCGACCACUGAACCUGCUGCAGAUCCCCACCGGUCCUCUCAUCUUUAAUCCCGUGCAGCAGCAGCAGCUCUCCCAGUUCUCCCCGCAGAGUCAGUCAGCCACUUCCAGCCCUCAGCAGCAGGGGGAGACGGGCGAUCAGUGCGCCGAUGCAAGUUUAGGAAACCAGCAAACUGCCGUCAUCAACUUGGGCAGCUUCAUGUCCCCGCAGGCAGCAGUGCUGUCCCAGUUGGGCUGCGGGCCGGACGGGUCUGGGCCCCCGCUGCCUUCUCCGAGGCUCCAGCAGCAGCAUCAUCAGCAUCAGCAGCAGCCUCACAUCCAAUUGCAAUUCUUGCAGCACCAAAUGCAGCAGCAGCAGCAUCAAAUGGCUAUGGCGGCGGCGGUGGCGGCGCCUCCUCCGGCGGGCUCGGGCCGGCCGCAUACCGCCAACCCAGCAAGAAGUAGGAGAAAGAGGAGCACGCCGCAGCCCCUCCCCAAGCCUCGCCAGGCGGACGCGUUGCCCCCGGCGACGCAAAGACGUGAAUGAUCCACACUGUGCUCCCUUUUUUUUUUUUUUUGAUGGACGUCCAGAACCUUUUUGACUCAGAAGGUUCUAGUAGCCCGGAGGCUUUUUUUUCUUCCUCCCCGUCCUUUGCAGGCGCUCUCGGAGGAUUCCGCGCCGGCGGGAAGACGUGAAACUGAUCCUGGGUCAGCGCCCGCGGGCAGCCGUCUACCUCUCCCGUCUCUCGCUGCUUUUGUACGGCACCGCUGGAUUUGGACCCGUGAGUGUGAGACGUUUGUGGACAACUUAAGAAAUCCAUUUUUUUAAAGCAGUCUUUGGCAGCAGUUUUAUUGUUAUUAAAAAAAAAAAAAAAAGAUUAUAUAUUGACAGUGAAAAUACAGCUUUUUAGAUAUAAAACCACUAAACG